AGAGGGCGGGGGGAGGGGUGAGGGAGGUAACCUUACACAGAUCUCUUGCUUUUACACAGAAAACACUGAACUGGGGCUGAAACUGAAACAGGGCAACAAAAAAAGUGUGUAGGCUCUUGCUCUCCUUCUUUCUCACAAUUUCCUGUUCAAGGAGGCCAUUUUGUAACCUAGCUUGAAGAGCACAACAAAGUUUUUUUUGUUUUGCUUUGUGUGUUUGUUUUCUUCCCUCCCGCAGUUUCAUAAUCAACGUUGGACUUUCUCCUCUGCAGAACAACUUGUUCGGACAAGGGAAGGUGAAGUAGGAAAGAAGGUGGUGGUGUCUGUGUGUGUGUGUGUUUCAUGAAUCUCUCACUCACACACACACACACGCACGCCGCUCAUGCUUGUCAUGCCUGGACAAUAAAAGAAGUUUGACAGCGAGGGAGUCAGAGCGACAGAAGUGGCAGUAGAGAGGACAAACUACCACUUCCUGGAUAAGGAUUGGACAGAAGUGGACAGAAGACCCACAGCAACCAGGACUCAACUUAGUGUGUUGAUGCUUCAGUGUGUGUGUGUGUGUGUGUUUCUCUCUCUCCCCCACUGACGGAGUUUGAAUGAGCGUGGGCUUCCUGGCAACUCUACACUGCAUCUGGGCGUGUGUUUGUUAGUCUGUAUGUUGAGAGCUUCGGGCAGCCGGCAGACAGGAUUCUGAAUGGCUAAUGCAAGCCCUUGUAUGCCCUCUGGGCUCAUGCCACAGGUCUUCUUCCCUUCUGCGGGCUCCUCACCACCGUCCGCAAAUAUGAUGCAGCAGGCGCCCAUAUCCAUGCCCACGGUGCCCACUCAGGGUGGAUUUCCUGUGAUGGAGCUGGCAGCAGGACAAGCACCUGCUGGGGCUGUGAUACCCUCACUGCCUCCUACUCCAGCUGGGGUUUCCUUCUUCAUCCAGAUUGGCCUGACGAGAGAAUCUGUCCUGAUGCCCCUAAGUGCUGACCUGGCCUAUGUCAAACAAAUCGCCUGCUCCAUUGUUGACACCAAGUUCCCAGAGUGUGGCUUCUAUGGGAUUUAUGACAAGAUUUUACUGUUCAAGCAUGACACGUCCACCAACAACAUCCUGCAACUGGUUAAAGCUGCCAGCGAUAUUCAGGAGGGAGAUCUGGUGGAGGUGGUGCUCUCUGCGGCAGCCACUUCUGAAGAUUUCCAGAUUCGGCCCCAUGCACUCAACGUGCAUUCAUACCGGGCCCCGGCCUUCUGUGAUCACUGUGGGGAGAUGUUGUUCGGACUUGUCAGACAAGGGCUCAAGUGCGACGGAUGUGGACUAAACUACCACAAACGCUGUGCAUUCAGCAUCCCAAACAACUGCAGUGGUGCUCGUAAGCGGCGCCUCUCCACCACGUCCCUGAGCAGCAGCCAGUCGCUGCGUCUCUCCACCACUGAGUCGGUGUACAGUGUAGGGACGACCUCCACCUACUCCAACGAGGAUGCACCUCUCAUCCGCUCACACACACAAAUGCCACGAACCCCUAGUGAAGCACGGCGCUUCUACACGGGCCGACCUGUUCACCUGGACAAGAUCCUGAUGACCAAGGUGAAAGUGCCCCACACGUUUGCUGUCCACUCGUACACGCGGCCGACCGUGUGCCAGUAUUGCAAGAGGCUGCUUCGAGGGCUGUUUAGGCAGGGCUUACAGUGCAAAGACUGCAAGUUCAACUGCCAUAAACGCUGUGCGUACAAGGUUCCAAAUGACUGCCUUGGGGAAACAAUUGGAGACAUGUUGAGUCCCAGUACUGACCCUGAAGUGCCCAUGGACUACACCUGUGAGUACGAGAACUCGGACAAGUCUUCAAUGGACGACUCAGAUGAGGCCUGCAGCAUCCCCGGGUCAUUCGCUCCUGAAAACAAUCAGGACGGAGCCAGCGGAGAUCAGAGGUGUGAGCAAAAACUACCCACCCCCCCUCCCCAAAAGAGCAUCACAGGAAUGUCACAAACUCAAAGUACACAUUUUGCCUCUCUUAGCGUUUACAUCCCAUUGAUGAGGGUGGUGCAGUCGGUGAGACAGACGACCCGCAGAUCCAGUACGGCUAUCAAAGAAGGAUGGAUGGUUCACUACAGUAAUAAGGACACACUGAGAAAGAGGCACUACUGGCGUCUGGACUGUAAGUGCAUCAUCCUUUUCCAGAACAACACCUCCAACAAAUACUACAAGGAAAUCCCUCUGUCUGAGAUACUGGAGGUGCGUCCUGCUGGCAACUUCACCCUCGUCCCAACAGGCACAAACCCCCACUGCUUCGAGCUCAUCACAGGAACCAUGUGCUACUUCGUAGGGGAGGACCCCAACACCCUUCCCUCUCUGUCCCCCAGCAACCCCGAGACUCUUCCCGAGACCCCUCCUUCGCCAAGCCAAGUGGCGCCCAAUAGCGGUAUUGGACGAGAGGUGGCCAAAGCGUGGGAGAGCGCCAUUCGCCAGGCUCUCAUGCCUGUUAUCUUUCAGGAUGCACCACCAGCAGAGGGCAACACAACUCAUAGACAAGCCUCCAUCAGCAUAUCUGUGUCCAACAGUCAAAUCCAAGAGAAUGUGGAUAUUGGCACAGUGUACCAGAUCUUUGCCGAUGAAGUGCUGGGAUCUGGGCAAUUUGGUGUAGUGUAUGGAGGGAAGCACAGGAAGACCGGGAGGGACGUAGCGGUCAAAGUCAUUGACAAGCUUCGCUUUCCCACCAAGCAGGAGAGCCAGUUGAGGAAUGAGGUGGCCAUACUACAGAGUUUACGUCACCUGGGCAUUGUGAACCUGGAGUGCAUGUUUGAGACUCCAGAGAAAGUGUUUGUGGUGAUGGAGAAGCUACAUGGUGACAUGCUGGAGAUGAUCCUCUCCAGUGAGAAAGGCAGACUGCCUGAGAGGCUCACCAAGUUCCUCAUUACACAGAUUCUUGCAGCUCUCAGACACCUGCACUUUAAAAACAUCGUUCACUGUGACCUAAAACCAGAGAAUGUGCUGCUUGCCUCCGCUGAUCCCUUCCCACAGGUGAAGUUGUGCGACUUUGGAUUUGCCCGCAUCAUCGGCGAGAAGUCUUUCCGUCGAUCGGUCGUUGGCACCCCCGCAUACCUGGCCCCGGAGGUUCUGCUGAACCAGGGCUAUAACCGCUCACUGGACAUGUGGUCAGUCGGCGUCAUUAUGUACGUCAGCCUGAGUGGGACAUUCCCCUUUAAUGAGGAUGAAGAUAUCAAAGACCAGAUCCACAAUGCAGCCUUCAUGUACCCUCCCAACCCCUGGAAACAGAUCUCUAGUGAUGCAACUGACUUGAUCAACAAUCUGCUUCAAGUUAAGAUGAGGAAACGUUACAGCGUGGACAAGAGUCUCAGCCAUGUUUAUUUACAGGACUAUCAGACGUGGCUAGACCUGCGGGAACUGGAGACUAAACUUGGCGAGCGCUACAUCACCCAUGAGAGCGAUGACAGCCGCUGGCAGAUGUUUGCCCACGAACACACUCUGCCGUACCCUGCUCACCUCGUGCCCCCUCCUCCUGCACCGGGCUCUGACGAUGAAGAGCUCGGGGAGGAUGCAGAUGUGCAAGGUCUCACGGAGAGGGUCAGUAUCCUCUGACCACAGAGGCGGACGAGGAAUUAGGACAGAAGGGAGAGGGAGAAUGACAUUGUCAACUUGAAGGAGACAUGAAUUGCAAAGCAUGGUUUGAGCUCAGGAAACGGCUGUCUAGACUCUGCGGUCUCAUAGCAAUUAGAUCCCAUCUCUCACCUCAACACUGAGUUCUUCAAAACUUCCCUCCAAUCAUUGCCGUCACUUACUGCUGCUGUGACCAGGCCCCUUUUAUCUUUUAUCUAAAAAGUUGGACUCUUUCAUAUUGAAACCUGCUCAACUCAGUUUCGCGUCGAUCAAAAAGGGCAAAGUCUUUGCAGAUAAAAUUGGAGUUAAGCUUGAAUUCAUCAUUUUUCCACACAAACAUGUUAAGUGAAAAACGUGUUCUUCUCACCACGAAUUGCUUCUUUCAACGUGAAGCAGGAACACCAUUUUUGCCACAAGGGAAUAAGAUAAGAAUUUGGUUUAUGUCUUUCUCUGUUUUCUUAAUUGUAUUUUUUUUUUUAAACAAACUGGAGUUUAUAUUUUAAAAUGAAACUGCCUCCAAUUAAACUGAAGUAACAUUUGCAUAUUUGUUUCACUCAGUUGGUCUGACUGGACUUGCACUCCCUUUUCAGUGGUUGAGCACUUUAUUGUGACAAAAUACUUCCUCUGUGCUGGUAAUUACUAAAGUGCCGACAUCGUUGGAGUCGAAACCCAUUUGUAUUCACAAAUGCAUUCCCCCUUAAAAUUCACGGCCUGUGGUGAAAACUGAAAGUAUUGAUCUGGCGACAGCGAAUCCACCCUAAUUACCACUCGAAAUUUGAACCACAAACAAGAAAGUAUACAGCAUGUGAUAAAAGGAGGCAUUGUGGGUUUAAAUGAACUUGUUGUUUAUUUUCCUGCAUGACACCUUGUAACGGUCAUGGAAGAUGCAUCUACUGGCAGCGGAUGUAUUUACGAAGCAUUGGCCGCAGCAGAUGCUCCUGAAAGGUGAAAACCCUGCUCCACUCAACGACACAUUGUUGUCAGUAAUGAGACUGCGAUGGAUUUUGAAGAGUUAGUGUAGUUCAGUCGUUGGCUCCCGGUUGUCACGGUCGUGUUGCAUGUUUCUAUGAAGUAGAAUAAUUUAGAUACAAUAUGAAACAUACUGUAGUUAUGAUGGUUUAUUAUACACAUGUGUAACCUGAACUUAAUGUAGUUGUCAAAUAUGUUUAGACAAGUUGAAGGAUGACCCCAUCCUUUGUAUCAUAUAAUACAAACUUUGAACAAUA